CGCAGCAUUGCAGUUGUGUGUCGCUCCUUCGUCGAAAAAAAAAACAGCCUUGGUACAUUUUUUAGCUGAGUAUUGGGAAAACCAAAAUUUGGUAGCGAUCAUCGGAAAUAAAAAGAUUUUUUUAACUGUUGACCACCAGUGUUUCUCUUACGAAGUCCAACAAAAUUCCAUAAAAAAAGUGAAGAAGUUGAUUAUGUGUCAUCAUGAAGAUGCGGAUACGAGGAUGAUUUUUCAUGCAUAUAAAGCGCCACCUGAGUCGAAAAUUUUAAUUAAUGCCUCUGAUACCGAUGUUCUGGUUAUUUUGCUGGGAAAUAUUCACAAAAUUCAGCAUUCUGAAAUUUGCCUAGCCAAUUCAGCGACAAAAAAUAAAAAUUAUCAACAUUUGGAGUGCAUUAAUUGCACUUUUACAUUACAAGUUAUGCCUAAGUAUUCCAGCUUUCCAUGCAUUUACAGGAUGUGAUUAUACGGCUGCAUUCUACAAUAAAGGAAAAGUGAAACCAUGUAUAUAAAUUAUUUUCCAAAAACGAAAAGUAUCAGACAGUUUUUUCAUCAUUGACAGAUGAAGCUGGUGUUUUUAUCAACGAAAAAAUGGACACAGCUCAAGAGUUCACAGCUAAUAUGUAUGGUAUAAAAAACUGCAAUAGGGUGAAUGAAGCGUAAUAUCGAAAUUUUGUGAAAAGUUAUUCUUCAAAAGAAGACAACGAAAAAUUCUUUAAAAAAAAUUAAAAGUUUUGACUCAAAUACUAUACCACCGUGCUGGAUAUCACUUAAACAAAAAACUUUAAGAACAAUUUUUGUGAAUUCUAUGUGGCUUCAUGCAACGGAUCCUGAAUGUGUUAAACUACAGCCUGAAACCUGCUUUUGGUUUGUUGAUGAUUAUCUAAAACCAACAGGAUUCAUUGGGGACCAAACGCCUUUAACAGUACAAGAUAUUGCUGAAAUGACAGAAAAAGAAAAUAGUGACGACGAAUGUUCAGAACUUGAAGAUGCCAGUUUUUCUUUGGAUGAAUCAGAUUUUGAAUAAUUUUUAAUCACUAUGUUAUUGUAUUUAUAACAAAUGGCACAGAAUACGUUCCUCGGACGUAUCUUUCGCACGUAUUCAGCCGCACGAAUAUUUCGUUUUUUAAUACUCGACAACCGGGAUUCAGCACCAAUUUUUCGCAGGCAACCUUAUAUCAUUAUACUCGCAAUAAAAUUAUCUUUAUUUUGGUAUAAGGUUUAUCGCGUAAGUCGAUAGGUGCAAAUCACUAUUUUUAAGUUACCUGUAUGUACCUGGCAACCCAAUAAUUGCACCGGGAAAAAGAAGGCAACCCAGUGUUUGCAUAUUCUACAAGCUAUAUGCUUUCGAUUAGUCUACUGCUUAUUGCGUAAGAGAGUGGGUGUAAUGUUAAAAAAAAAAUCUUUUUUUAAUUAUUAAUUAUUUACACUUAGCAUCACAAUUUCCAGGCAACCUCCUCGAAAUUAAUAUUUUAAUUUAACAAAUUUUAUAUAAAAAAUAUUUUCAUCCCGUAAUACGAUGGGUGAUGGUCGUACUAUGGUGGGAUCUCCUACUAUAUCUGAAGAGUGAUCAGCGACAGGUAGAGGAUCUUGGUUAGGAAGCUAACUGCCUUAGAGCUAUGGAAAGUGUUUUAGCAUCAGCAAGUUUAUUCCAUCUGGGCCAACAGUGGAUUAAAAUUCAAAUGACUGAGGAUGAUAGGCAUACAGGUGCAAAUCAUGACUCAUUCGUUUACAAUGUUAGUUAUGACAUUUUGAUCUUGGGCGAUGCUGGCUAUCCUCUGCACAAAUUUUUAUUGAUGCCUUUUCGCUUGGCGGCAGCUUUUCCACCACAAGCACACUACAACACUGUACUCUCAAAGGCCCGGAAUAUUGUAGAGCACACAAUUGUUGUACUCGAAGAAGUAGAUUUCGAUCUUGGUUUACAUAACACACCUGAAAAGGCUACGCAAAUUGUUAAUGCUUGUUACGCAUUGCACAAUAUUUGGCUCGAAAUAAUUCGCAAAAAUAUUAUGGCUUCCCUCAAAAUAAUUAAGAUAUUACACUUCAUUUAUUCUUUAUAAUGAAUAAUUUAUUCAGUCUUAUUUAUAAAAUAAUAGAGAAUAUCACUUCGUGCGGUAAAUAAUCUAAAAAAAAAAUUAAAAUCAUUGUGAAGAUUUUAAUCUGGCAAUUUUGGGGAGCUGAACCU